AUAGUAAACGUUGCAAGAGAUCUGUCAUUUGCAAUAAUAAGAAUUUCAUCGUUUCAUCAACUGUUUCGACUCGUUAAUGUUUUUUAAAAAUAAAAUCCUUUCCCGUGGCAGGUAAAUAUGCGACAUAUGAUCUUCUAUGUAUGAGUUGAAGAGAGGCCAAGAGUGACGAUGUGCGCACGAGACGUACAGAUUCGCCUUCUCUGGGUCCCACAGCCCGACAGUUGCGCGUCCUAAUGAUGUUGACAUAUUCACACAACAGCGAGCAACGCAGCGCCGUUUCGCGGCAGCAAUCGAGCCCUCAAACACCUUUUUAUAAGUCUGAAGUCUUUCCCCUCCACCCGACCUGUUAAAACCACGCCUACAGAGCAACACAAUUGGUCCGAAAGCGUCAAAGAGCCAAUCAACAGAGACCUAGAGCUCGAAACAUGUAACACAUUCACGGAGCUGAAGCCGAUGGAGUUCAGAAGCACUGGGAAUUUCUCUGUGCUGGACCUGCUGUCCGCAUGUGUGUGCGCGUGAAAGUGUGCGUGCAUGCGUGCGAGCGAUCGCGUGAAGGUGUAUACCUCCAACAAGUAAAGACAGAGGAAUUAUUCUGAGCCAACGAAAUAUUUCAACACAUCUUAUUUCGCAGGACUCCGGGCGAUCGCAUUUAUUGGAAUGUCUAUUUUUUUAGAAAAAGCUAAAGAAAGCGCCGCAAGCAGACAGUACACUCGGUCGUCUUUCAUUUUACAAUUUUUCUUAAUUUCUUUGCGCAGUGACACAACAGGCAAACUGCAGCAGCGAAGAUAAAUGGAUAGCCGGUUCAACCUUUCUCUUUUAGAUAAUUUGUUGGAAUACAGUUAGAGAAGAAUCGAGGUACUCACACGUCGAGGCGUCGGAUGCUUUUAUACUGGAGAAAAGCAAAGCUGGAUUUUGUGAAAGAUUUCGCCCGUGCAAGUAUUUAGCUGAUUCAGACGCUCGUCUUCAGUCGCACCACCACAUCUGCUAUCUGGACUUGAAUGAGCUUCCCGAUGAGAGAUCCAGUUAUUCAAGGAUCCAGUAUGGCAUAUCAUCCGUUUUUACCUCACCGGGGUCCAGAAUUUGCAAUGAGUGCAAUGCUGGGUCACCAGCCGCCCUUUUUCCCGGCACUGGCAUUGCCACAUAACGGCUCCCUGUCUCUGCCCGGAGCGCUGGGCAAGCCAAUAAUGGAGCAACUGAUGGGCGCAGCAGAAACCGGCCUUCACUUCUCAUCACUGGGACACCAAGCCGCCAGCGCGCAUCUCCGGCCUCUGAAGACACUUGAGCCCGAGGAGGAAGUUGAAGACGACCCGAAAGUUCACCUGGAAGCCAAGGAACUAUGGGAGCUUUUUCACAAGCGUGGCACAGAAAUGGUCAUCACAAAAUCAGGAAGGCGAAUGUUCCCUCCGUUUAAAGUCAGAUGCACGGGCUUGGACAAGAAGGCCAAAUAUAUCCUGUUGAUGGAUAUAGUUGCGGCUGACGACUGUAGGUAUAAAUUUCACAACUCUCGCUGGAUGGUGGCAGGGAAGGCUGACCCCGAAAUGCCAAAACGGAUGUACAUUCACCCCGACAGUCCGGCCACUGGCGAGCAAUGGAUGUCUAAAGUCGUCAACUUUCACAAACUUAAGCUGACAAAUAACAUCUCCGAUAAGCAUGGUUUUACGAUCCUAAACUCCAUGCACAAAUACCAGCCAAGAUUUCACAUUGUGAGAGCCAACGACAUUCUGAAACUCCCCUACAGCACGUUCAGGACCUACGUGUUUCCUGAAACAGAUUUCAUUGCUGUCACUGCCUACCAGAACGACAAGAUAACACAAUUAAAAAUUGAUCACAAUCCGUUUGCAAAAGGAUUCCGUGACACUGGAAAUGGGAGGCGUGAGAAAAGGAAACAACUGGCCCUGCAGUCCAUGCGUUCAUAUGACGAGCAGCAGAAAAAAGAUCAUGGGACGUCAGACGAUUCGUCCGGCGAACAAGCUUCGUUUAAAUGUUUUCGACAGGCUACAUCUCCUGCUGUAUCAACUGCUGGCCAGAACAAUUUAAAAGAUUUUUGUGACAGUGAUGAAGACAGUGAAGACGAAGAAAAAGACGGAAAUUUGAAAGACGGGCCGGAUUCUAGUAAAAUUUCAACCACGACCGAAGACUCGAAGGACCCUGAUGUGAGUUUAAGCAAAAGUCUAUUCGUGGAAAGUGAGGCUAUCGGUCGCAGAGCUGAAAAAAACAGGGCUCAGAGUCCUAUAACCCUCAUAUCCAGCACCACCCGUUCUGGCGAGGAGCUCAAAAGUCCAGGCCGGGAUCAGGCCAAAAUAGACGACUGCCGGACAGUGAGCAAAGAAAAUUACAUGCCAUUGACUGUCCAAACAGAUGGCACAGCGCACUUAAAUCACAGCCACUUACACAAUUUCGGAUUUCCUCCGGGUUUGGCCGGGCAACAGUUCUUCAAUCACUUGGGUGGUGCCCAUCCUUUCCUCUUACACCCGAGUCAGUUCAAUAUGGGAGGCGCCUUCUCAAACAUGGCCGCUGGGAUGGGCCCUAUACUGGCAGCCGUUUCCUCCGGUGGGGUCAAUACACUGGACACAAGCAGCAUGGCAUCAUCGACACAAAACCUGAGCGGGCCGCAGCUGCCCUUUCAUCUGCAGCAACACGUGCUGGCGUCGCAGGGUUUGGCUGUGUCUCCGUUCGGAGGUCUCUUCUCUUAUCCUUAUACAUAUAUGGCCGCGGCGGCAGCUGCUUCCUCCGCCGCCGCCUCCUCAUCAGUCCAUCGACAUCCUUUUCUAAACGCGGUGCGGCCUCGGUUAAGGUACAGCCCGUACACUUUACCGAAUAUCCCGGACAGCACUUUGCUCACAACGGCGAUCCCACCCAUGGCGACCGGUGCCGUCGAUUUGAAAGGAGACAGAACGGCCGCGAGUCCCGAUUGCGCUGCCCUUGACUGUGAGGUCACCAGCCGCUCGUCGGGUUCAGUGUCAUUGUCACCGAAAACCUGCGUUGAGAAAGACUCCAGCAGCGAGUUACAGAGCAUCCAGCGCCUGGUCAGUGGACUCGAGGCCACACAGGACAGGCCACGCAGCGUGUCUCCGUGAAGUGAGCGAAUGAUGAAGACACUGAUACAGAUUGCGUACGAAGAUUAAGAAGUUUACAGUACGGACCUACAUCGAAAAUAAAGAGUUUAGUCUUAAAUGCACUUUGGAAAUACAAAAAUAAACACAUGAUGUAUGUUUCUCUUCUGUUAAAUGUAAAGAGUAUCUUUGAAUAUUUUCCAACUCUUUGAAUACCGUAGAAGUAUUGAACAGUAUUGAUACUGAAUAAGGCUGCUGCGCUCCUUUAUGUUAGCCUAUGCUCCAGGGUAACUGAUUUAACUUUAUAUGCCUCAAUGGUUAUUUAAUGUCUUUAUCGAGAAACACCGAAGUGUUUAAAAUAAAUAUUAAGAAAUUAAAAUUAACUGGAGGCGUAUAGGCCUAUGCAUGUCCAAGAUCAGACUAGAGCAUUACGGCUGGGUUACUCUUUAAGGCCGAGUUAUUCAAAUCGCUUAAUCAGCCAGUAUAUUAUAGGCAACAUUAAAUGUGACGGAGGGAUUUUUUUACAUUUGGGUUGCCUAGAUGAUUCCUUUUACCUCGAAAAGCAGAGUAGUUGAUAUAGUUUUAUAAAUUGCUAAAUGUAAACAUCUUGAUCUCCGUUCCAAGUUGCCCUCAAUAGUGAAUUAAUUAGUGGACUAUUGAUUAAUCAUUUGAUUAUUUAGGGAACCAGGCACGGUACGAAACUUAUCACCUUUUGAGAUUUAUUUGGGACAAUUAGGAAAGGGAUCACAUGAAUAAAUGGGUCAUAAUUAACACAAAUGUAAAUAAUGAAUAAAUAAAUAUAAAUAACAUAUUUAUGUAAAUAUUUCAUAGGAAUAUUGCUUGUAAAUAUAAAUAAGUUUCUUUGGUUGUGUGUUUUAGGGAGCUAAACUUAAUUUAUUGUGGAUAUACGUUUAUAUGUAUGUGUGUGUGUGUGUGUGUGUGUGUGUGUGUGUGUGUGUGUGUGUGUGUGUGUGUGGCUUGUGAGCUAUUGUCCUUGUUUAUUACAUUUUCAUUAAUGUCCUUUUGUCGCUGGAUUGCACCCGUAACACCCACACACUGCUGGAUUUUCUAGCGGACUCUGUCAUCAUGUGCCAUCUUUCGUAAACUCCUGUGUGUUUUAAUCCAGCACAUUUAAGGCACCAAUGACCUAAAUAUAAUGACAAUUUUCUUUCACACAAUUAAAAUGCUUUAUUCAAAA